AUUUCACCUGUGGUAUAAAUAUACUGAGGGACGGGACUGCAGGACAGAGCUGAGAUUGUGUGAGGAUCAGGACUAUGGAUUUACUGCUGUUUGUGUUUCUUCUGCUCUUCUCCAUCCAUCAGACCUUCACAGCUGUUUUAGGUAGAAACACCAGAAACUUGUUCACGGAGAGAGUCUGCUGCAAACGCCAGAGUCACGUCAUCUACAUCGGCAAAGAUAUUUCUGGCAGUCCUGUGAAGGUAGAUGUGGGCGUGUGCAGAACGCACUGUGGCCAAUCCGCGCAUUUUGUAUCAUUAGAGGCGGGACUAAGAGCCUCUAAAUAUUCCUCAAUGCUCGAUUUCCUGCGACAUAAAAAGACGAGACAUCUGGAUCUUUCCUCCUCCUCCUCUUCAGAGGUGAUCAUCGGUUCUCCGUCGUGUGGUUUGAGCUCCAGCUGUGAGCCAGCCGGUAUCCGUGUGGAUCCAGUGAUGCUGUUUGAAGGUCUGCGAGAGAUCGAGAUCAUCCAGGACUGUCACUGCGAAGCCAAAAUUAGCCAGUGUGUCCGAGCGCCAGCACUGAAAACAUACCACUCCAACACGGCGUAUGAGACCGUCAUAGAUGCAGGCAAAUGUGUCGGAUCCAAAGGGGAGCCAGAGGGAUUUUCAUGCGUUCCCACUAAGUUUGAUUCCACCCUCAUCGAAACGCCAAACAAAGUGGAGCUGAUCCAAACUGUGGCCCAAUGCAAACUAAUGGAGCGAUGCUACCGAAUGCCGUAUGUGGAGUAUCAUUAUGAGACCACCUACAGCGAUGACGGAGUCCAGAUUGAAAGUCUGAGGGAAAUAGAUGUGGGCAGAUGUUUGGGAAGCUGCACCUCGGGGAGCCGCUGUCUUCUCAGGAGUGUGUCCGAUCUGGGUGAAUGUCUACUCUGGGCUGAAGGACAGGGAAAGGCGUGUGUUCCUCAAAACUACCAGAGUCACGCUUUACUUACUCAAAAGGGCCAAAUCCGCACUGUUGAUGCCAUCACUUCUUGUCUUUGCCAGUCUUAAACACAGUGCCGCCUAGUGGAGACUGGACC